AUGAGACAAAGCACAAGUAGAAGAAAAAGGAGUCAUGUCGACCAGAUCAAAAAGAAAGUUGAUGAAAGUAAGAAAAUGGUCUGACCUCAGUAAAUAGGAAAUAAGCAAGUUAGAAUACAUGCAGCACGAAAUAAGAGUGGGAGAAUGGAAAUGACAGUUUUGGCGUGAAAGAUUGUGGAUAUCCGUUUGUUUGAGUCUGCUGCGUUUUACAUUGAAUGCUCUGUAUAUGUUGCCGGAUAAGCCUAAUUAAAUUCAUCCCAGUCAAAAACAACUGCUGUAUGAUUGAAGCAGAAGAAAACAUUACGACAUGAAGGAGACUUUACAGUAAUUAUAAACCAUUCCUAAUUGCUCACAGAACAUAAUUUAAUGAAGUGUUUAAGACUAGUUCUGUUCGACGAAAGCAAAGUUUAAUGACCCCUCUGUCAUUCUGAUAGCUUUCCAUUCAGCCUUCGAAAACGGCUCGUGUAACUCAGUUUCAUGCAAAGAAAAUCGAAUGUCAGGGAUUAUCUUAGCACGGGGUUUAUUGCCCCGUUCUAGGGUUGGUAAUUGUACCAGCUUGACUGAACAUUGUUCCACUUUGUUGUGAGGAGCCCUGUAAUUACUUUCGUAGACAUCAUUUUCUUGCCUGGCCAAGGUUAAUGAUUAUUUCAGUAAUGUUGUAAUAAUGAUCUGGUUAUAACAAUGUUUGUACCUGCUGCGCCCUGUUUUCUGAUUCCUGCCUCUUUGUAUUAAGCCUCCCUUAUAAAUGAGAUGAUGUUUUUAUUUGCUCUAAAAAUAUCACACAAAUAACUAUUUUAAUAGUUUGUUUGGUUAUUCAUUAACUUGAAAGGCAAUUAAAGUACUAUUCGUUCUAACCUUGAAAUUCAACCCACCAAACAAAAUAUCUUUGGUCAACUUUGUUCUUUUACUAAUAGCUAAAAAGAGGUUUUUUUACGUCAGACAUCUCAGGGAGUUUCGCUAGUUCUUUCAAACAGUAGACGGUGACAAAAAACAGUAUUUACUUUUGUAUAUUGUUUCACCUAAAAUCAAUUUUUCGACUUUUGUCAACACCUAGUUCACACUUUCUCGCCAGUGAUUGCGCUCUGUUGAUCAAAAGGUGCGUCCGGUAUCCUUUGCAUUGGGUUUGUGUUGGGAGAGGUAAUCAUGGAAACUACUUCUGACUGUACAUGUGUUGGUAAUCAUAUGAUGUUCUUCUGAUGUGUGGAGUAGCAUCAGAUGUGAGUGAGUCUUUCUAGCACCAAACCUCCAAAGCACGAAAAAAAUAAAGCAAACAUACUUAAUUAUUAGCUCAAAAUAUAACUUUUGUUAAUAGAUGAAAAAAGUAUCAAUAUUAAGAAUCGAAAUUUUGUUCUCGUUUUGCCUAGGAACCUCCCUGGCAGAUAGUUCAGGCGACAAAGAAGAAUCUAGUUCAUCAGGGGCCAUUGAUAAACCCUCGUCUGAUGCCAUUAACAAAAAUAUUCAAAACGCGGCUUGCUGCUGGAUGGCAGGACCUCCACCUGGCAAAAAAACAACCAUUUUUCACCGAGGUAGAAAGAUGUUUAAUCGGGAGCACCGCGCACAUUACGUUCUUAGAUUCAAGAAAUUCAAUUAAAACUAACCGCUCGUAAACGAUGCAAACAGGAUAGAGAAAAAUGAAGUCGCGGAAAGCCUCGAGAAUCUAAAAUUGACGGUUUUCCGAGGGAAUAAACUCGAUUCUAACACAAUUCUAGUAUUGCUAUAUAGAGGUAAAUAAACAUGACGUCCUGCAC